AUGAAGGUACCAGAUCAAAUUGCAAUUGCACUAAAGCAACAUGGUAUUGAUGUGAUAUUCGGUAUUGUUGGAAUUCCUAUAGUAGAAUUGGCAGAGUGCUUUGUUCAACAUGGCAUAAGGUUUAUAGCAUGUCGGAAUGAACAAAGUUGCUCAUAUGCGGCUAGCGCAUACGGCUAUUUAACUAAGAAACCGGGGGUAAUACUUGUUGUCGGUGGCCCAGGAAUCGUUCACGCUUUAGCAGGUAUUUACAACUCUUAUAUGAAUAAAUGGCCCCUAUUGGUCCUAGCCGGGAGUAGUGAAGAUGAAUAUCAUGGAGGCUUCCAAGAACUUGACCAAUUAUCAUUUAUGGCUCCCUGGGCGGAGUUUAAGGGCCGGAUAAAUCCCGAGAAUGCUGGUUAUUUAAUAUACAGUGCUAUCAAGACUUCAACCUUGCAAAACGGAGUUUCAUAUAUUGACAUUCCGGGAAAUCUCAUGGAUAAGGAAAUCGAGUGUACUUCUUCAACAGUUAUUCAUGAAGUAAUCUCGAGUAAAAGAUGUGGUCCUGAUAUGUCUGCUGUGAAAUCUGCCGCUGAAUUGUUAGUGUCUGGCAAGCGCAUCCUUGUUGUUGUUGGUAGAGGGUGUAUUAAUUAUUCACAGGAGUUGAGAGAAUUCGUGCAGCAAUACAGAUUGCCAUUCUUACCAACUCCCAUGGCCAAAGGAAUCCUUCCAGAUUCUCAUGUAUUAAAUGUAAAUGGCGCUAGGUCGCUGGCUUUGAAAACUGCUGAAAUCGUUUUGGUUUUGGGGGCGCGCUUGAAUUGGAUGCUACAUUAUGGCGAACCACCAAAGUGGAAAAAGGGAGUUAUAUUUAUUCAAGUGGACAAUGAUUUAUCAUCAUUAGGAUUGAAUAAUAGUGCUGGUCUUAAAUAUGCUGUGCAUAGUGAUACCUUGCUGUUUGUUCAAGCUCUAAAGAAAAUACUACCCACUAACUGGAAGUAUCGUGGUGUCAGUGAUGAGAUUGAGAAUAACAUUGCUUUAAACAAGAUAAAACUAGAAAAGAAGGAAAUUCUGCCAGAAGGCGCUCAAUUGAAUUACCAUGCAGUUUAUGCAAAAAUACGUCGCAACUUGGUCGACAAGAAUACUAUUCUGAUUCUCGAAGGUGCAAAUACUAUGGACAUUGGCCGUAUUUGUUUCCCUACGGACUAUCCUAGACAUCGGUUGGAUGCUGGAACCAAUGCAUCCAUGGGUGUUGGGGUUGGGUAUGCUCUAGCUGCGAAAAUAGCCGAGCCUAAAAAAGAUAUUGUGGCAAUACUUGGUGAUUCGGCAUUCGGGUUCUCCUGUGCAGAGUUGGAAACCGCCGUCAGAAACAACUUAGGUAUUGUUGUUAUAAUUAUGAACAAUGGUGGUAUUUACCACGGAAAUACAGACGAAAAUUUAACCCGUACUACUGACCUGACAUCUGAAUGCAGGUAUGACAUGGUAGGUAAAGGUUUUGGUUGUGAAGGAUUUUUGAUCCGGUAUUUGAGUGAGUUAGAUUACGAAUUCCGCCGGGCAUUGAACGCCUCCAAAGUCGGUAUUACUACUGUUUUAAAUGUGAUCAUUGAGGCAGGAUCUCAAGCUAAGCUCUCAUUUGGCUGGCAAAGUAAAAGCAAAGUUUAG